AUGGAUUGCAACGAUAAUAGACCACCUCAACUAGACACUUUGCUAAAAUUGGAUGGAUACUUGUGGAAUCAUCAAAGCGAAAUUUGUCGUAGAUAUGGAGUGUUUCUUGAGUAUUCGCAAAAAAUUGAACAGUGUGGUGGAUGGGAAAAAUUCACAUCAGCUUAUAAUGAGUAUGGAAUUUUGGUGAUGGAAGAUAAUUCAGUCCAUUGUCUAGAAUGGGCUCCUGGUGCUGAAGCCUUAUCGUUAGUAGGAGAUUUUAAUGACUGGGAUACGGAACGUCAUCCAUAUAAAAAAUUAGAAUACGGAAAAUGGGAGCUGAUUAUUUCAGCUGAUAAUGAUGGUACCUGUCCAAUAGAACAUGGAUCAAUUGUCAAGGUAGCUGUUAAAAAAAAUGGUGUUUAUCGUUUCAAGUUAUCUCCUUGGGCUCGAUAUGUAACUCGUCCAAAAGAAACAACACUUUACCAUAUGCCUUUUUAUAAUCCUCCCAAAACCGAUCGUUAUUUUUUCAAAUAUGCAAGACCUAAGAAGCCUGGAUCUUUGCGAAUUUAUGAAGCGCAUGUCGGAAUUUCCAGUUGGGAAGGAAAAGUCAAUACAUAUAAAAAUUUUGCAGAUGAAGUAAUUCCAAGAAUCACAAAGCAAGGUUAUAAUACUAUUCAGUUAAUGGCCGUUAUGGAACAUGUUUAUUACGCCAGUUUUGGCUAUCAGGUCACAAGCUUUUUCGCACCAGCCAGUCGUUGCGGUACACCUGAAGAUUUAAAAUAUCUUGUGGAUAAGGCACAUGAAGCAGGCAUCCUAAUAUUGCUUGAUGUGGUACAUUCUCAUGCAUCAAAAAAUGUAGAUGAUGGACUGAAUGAAUGGGAUGGCACUCGUAAUAGUUACUUUCAUGGCAAUAUUCGUGGAUAUCAUAGUCUUUGGGACUCUCGACUAUUUGAUUACACACAAAUUGAAACUUUGCGUUUCUUGCUUUCAAACCUCCGUUGGUGGAUAGAAGAAUAUGGCUUUGAUGGAUUUCGAUUUGAUGGUGUUACAUCAAUGCUUUAUCAUUCCCAUGGAAUUUCUGAUACAUUAGAAGGUGGUUAUUCGAUGUAUUUCGGUCUAAAUGUUGAUACCGAAUCACUUGUUUACUUGAUGCUUGCAAAUUCGUUUCUGCACUUCAGAUUUCCUGAUGUGGUCACAAUUGCCGAAGAAGUUAGUGGUAUGCCAGCGUUAUGUCGACCUGUCGAGGAAGGUGGGCAGGGGUUCGACUAUCGUUUAGCAAUGGCGUUACCGGAUAUGUGGAUUAAACUGUUGAAGCAUUCAUCGGAUGAAAACUGGGAUAUCUCAAGCUUAGUAUUUACUUUGGAAAAUAGGAGGCAAUUAGAUAUAUUUAUGAAUAACAGAUAUGGUGAAAAAAACGUUGCAUAUGCUGAGUCACAUGAUCAAGCUCUUGUUGGGGAUAAAACCAUUGCUUUCUGGUUAAUGGACAAAGAGAUGUACGAUUUUAUGUCCGAAACCACUCCACUGACAUCAAUAAUUGAGCGUGGCAUUGCUCUCCAUAAAAUGAUUCGCUUAAUCACUUAUGGAUUGGGUGGUGAAGCUUGGUUGAAUUUUAUCGGUAAUGAAUUUGGCCAUCCUGAAUGGCUUGAUUUUCCUCGUGUCGGUAAUAACGAAUCGUAUCAUUAUUGUCGAAGACAAUGGCAUUUGGUUGAUAAUGAACUCCUACGUUACAAAUAUUUAAAUAAUUUUGACCGUGCUAUGAACGAACUGGAAGAAAAACAUCAUUUCUUGUCACGUGGACCAGGUUACACGUCCUGGAAGCAUCAAGACGAUAAAGUUGUGGCAUUUGAGCGCGCUGGUCUAUUAUUUGUUUUCAAUUUUCAUACAUCUAAAAGUUUUGUGGAUUACAAAAUCGGUAUAGAAGUUGCAGGAGAGUAUACAUUGGCUUUAAACAGUGAUGAUCCAGAAUUUGGUGGUUUUAAUCGAUUAAAUAAAAAUUUGCAUUACUUCACCUUCCCUGAAGGGUAUGCUGGUCGACGGAAUCAUGUGUGUGUUUACAUUCCAUGUCGUGUCGCUAUUGUUUUAGAGAAAGUAAAGUGA